AUGAAACAUCUCCUUUUAUUCUCUCUUGUUCUCGGAUUUUCCGUAGCUUAUCCAUCGAGUUCCGAGCAGCUUGAACUCCUUAUCGAUCAAGUUUAUCCUGAUAUUUCUACAUAUUUGACACGAGAUCAGAUUAGAACUCUCUUCGAAGAGUUGUCUGUUGUGGUUCACAAGGCUCGCACUUUGGAGGAAAUUGCUAAAGCAAUGAGCAAACCAAUCAUCAACACCUUGACUCCAGAACAGAAGUCAGAAUGUUGGGAAUCAAUUCAGAAGGCGCAGAAGGGAUUCGGAGGAUUCCAACAGCUGAAAGUUAUAUUUUUCCAUUCAAUGGAUGCAGUUCAAGAAUUCAUGGGUGAUUCAAUGGAGAAAGACAGAGCGGAAGUAGUUGGAAAGUCAUCAGGAAUUACGGAAGAUGAGAAGUUGACUCUGAUUUAUGAAGUGUUCCGCCAAUAUUUCAAUAUUGAGUUUGGACAAAAGGUUAUGGAUACUGUCAAAUACUCAAUGACCGAGCGCGAUUGGCUCAUUGCAACUGCCGACGCCGCUCAAUAUCUCAAAGUGGAAAACUUUAAUUUGGUCUACUGA